AUGAAGGUCGCUGCCGCCGCCGCCGCCGCCGCCGGACCCCUGCUGUUUUCAGCGAUAGGGUGGAGAGAAGCAGCCGCCGAGAGCUCCGGGUCUCGGCUGCAGUUCACCAUCCCGAGUGUGCUGUACCGCGACGAGGGCUACGCGCACGAGGAGGCGUUGUUCGGCAUCCCCAAGUACGGCGGGACCAUUGCCGAGAGGAUCGUGCACGGCGGCGUGGACCCGGGUCAGUCAGUAAGGACGUGGACUCUGUGCAGCGAUGAUGACGUGAAGGACGUCCCCAUGGUGCCGACGGACUCUCCUUUCAUCCUCAUGGUGGACCGAGGGGACUGCACCUUCGCCAGCAAGGUGCGGAAGGCGCAGCACAUGGGGGCGAUCGGCGUGAUCAUCGCGGACAACACGUGCCUGUGCAAGGACGAGGCCAGCGGCAUCUGCAACAAGUCCGGCGACACCCCCUGCGAACAGGUGGAACCCAUCAUGGCCGACGAUGGCUCGGGCGGUGACAUCACCAUACCCAGCUUCCUGAUGAAGAAGAUGGACGCGACUCUUAUCAAGAACCGGCUGGAGGGUGGGCAGAGCGUCCAGGCCGAGAUGACCUGGUCCCUGCCUGCCCCCGACGACCGUGUGGAGUGGUCGCUGUGGACCUCCGCCAUGGACACGUCUGCAGCGCCCUUCAAGCGCGACUUCAAGGAGGUGGUCAAGACUCUCGGGAAGAGCGCACAGUUCACGCCGUACUACGUGGUGUACAACGGGGACUCCUACGGCUGCACGGGGGGCGGGGCCAACAACUGCGGUAGCCUGUGCACCAACGACGGGCGGUACUGCAUGACGGACCCGGACUUCGACACGAAGGCGGGGGUGUCGGGGGCCGACGUGGUGCGGGAGUCGCUGAGGCAGAAGUGCGUGUGGAACACCUACGGCGGCGAAGAUGCCCCCUUGGCGGAUCAGGGGGUUGGAGAGAAGUGGUGGUCGUACGUGAACGAAUUCUUCUCGUCGUGUUCUGUCUCUGGUAACCGCUUCAACGACGAGAACUGCGUGGCAAGAGCUAUGAAGGCCGCAGAGGUGGACAAGACGGUCGUCGACCGGUGCAUGUCCGACUCGGGCGGACUCGAAAAAUCGGGCGUGAACACCAUCCUCGAGGCGGAGCUAGUCGAGAAGGGCAAGAAGUCCAUCGUCAUCGUCCCGACGGUGUUCGUCAACAACAUGGCGGAGCGAGGAGGAAUCAACACGGCGGCCGUGCUGACCACCAUCUGCGCGGGCUACAAGAGCGGCACGGAACCCGAGAUCUGCCGUUGCGCCGGGCAGCUGAGCAGCGAGCAAGUGGACGCGUGCAUGAACAACAGGACUAUUGGGGGAGGGAGCGGCGGGAUGUCGGCGGGGAACACCCUGUUCCUGCUCUUCGCCGUGGUCGGCGCCAUGACGGCGGCGGGGUUCGUGCACUACAAGCGCACGCAGGCGCAGAUGCGAGACCAGGUGCGAGGCAUCCUGGCGGAAUACAUGCCCCUCGAGGACAUCGACGCCCCGGGGUCAUCGGCCCGGGUCCCCUUCAUGGACCCCCAAUCACGCGACACCUACUCGGUCGGCCGCACAAAGGAGUCGCAGCUUGUGUGAGGUCUCCCUACGUCAGGAGCAAGCGGUGCUGCCACCAGGGGGGGGCACGGCGCGGGCGGAAGUGGGGUGUGUGGUGGACUUUGACGGUCGCUUGAGAGCGUAGGGGGAGGGGAAGAAAGCCGUGUGUUUCCGCGCCGCCCGUCCCUUCCGGCUGUGCUUCCUGCCGCUACCGCUACCGCUGCUGCUGCUGCUGCUGCUGCUGCUGUCGACGAUGACGGCGUUGGCUGUUGCUGGGUUGACCGGGAUAGAGCGGCGGCAAGACGCCGACGGAACGUUUUCUAUGGGAAGGAGGGAGCGGCGCCCCCGGCACAUGCGUGUGCGCGUGUUCUUUUGUGGCCUUCUCCUGGGUGUGCCAGUGAGAACACACGCCCGCGUGAGAUGCGCGGCACGUUGUUGUUGUCGCUCCACUUGCACAAGAGUAGGAGAAGGCGGACGCCACGCCUUUGUUUUUUGUGGCUGCUGCUGCUGCUGCUGCUGCUUCUUCUGCUGCUGCUGCUGGGGUCAUCAUGUAGGUAAAAACGGAGAGAGAGCGCCUUCGUGAGCGUUGCACCAUAUCGUUUCUCGCACGUGCGCGUGCUGGGUGCCGGACGAUGCGUUAUGCUUCGAAAAGCCGUCACGCCGAGAAGGGGCGGGGGGCGGAAACGAAGAGAGAUGGCCGGCAGAGCCCAGCGAGGGGGCGGUAGGGGUAGCGGGGGUUCUCGCAGCAGCAGGGGAGACGGCGGCGGAGUCUGCCGGGUACUGGUGGUGCCAGGUAGCGCACCACGGCGUAGCGCUUGUUCGUCGGGUCGGAACGGGUCGUCAAUGGCUGCUCGUGCAAGUCGCGCACGCGAGUGUGUUCCGAUGCAUGUGUACGUCGCUGCGCCGGGGGGCGCAAUGUCGCGAGGGUCAGCCACGUGCCAUGGCUUGCGCCAAGGAUAAUUCGAAGCCCGCGGGCGGCGCUGUCUGUUCCAUGCUCGUAGUCUUGCGCGACAGGUGUUGUAUCGAACCUUUUGGGUUGGUUGUUUUCGGCACGUGUGCUGGAAUCUCUCCCUCCAUGCUACCGAACGAUGUGUGUUUGUUUCUGUUCGCCGCGCUUGACGCGAAUAUUUUGAUGUUACACGUAGUUUUUCUCUUCUUUUUUUUUGUUGUACAGUACCAACCAUUUUUUUCCCGUUCUCUGUGCGUUGUACUCCCUUGGAUGUUUUUGCUUUUUUCUGUGCGUUAUGCGUAUAGACAGAAUUAAGAGCAGGACGUGCCUUGGUCUGGGCAAUUAAUAAAAUAAACAUUUUCACCACCG